AUUUUGAAAAUGUUCGAAAUUCCGUGACCCGGAACUACUUUUUUAAGAGUUGCUGACGAGACGCUGAGAGGAGUUGCAACCUUUCAAGUAUCUAGAAGAAAGUAUUCCAUCUAUCUUGCUGUGUCUAUGUCUCAAGAUGAUGAGCUUUGUCCUCCUGAGGAGCUGAAGCACUGGAGCUUGCCUGGCCCUGAACAUGAAUUCUCCAGAGGACAGUUCUUCCUCUUCCACACAGAAGACCUCGGUUUGGGCCGACCAGCAGACAGCCACUGCACAGCUGGGAGUUAGCCCUCCGUCUCCCACACACUGCUUUGGGGAUGGGGAAGGAACCAGCUCUGCUAUCCCAGCUGAAACACCUGUUUCAACCAACCCUUCUUGCCCAUCUCAAACACUUGUUUCACCCCCAAAAAAGAGGACCGCAGAGAAAGGAACCUUUGAUGCAUCACAGCCACAGGGUGAACGUCGCAAGAGGGGGAGGCCACGCAAACACAAGAAACCCCAGACUGACACAGAACACCAUAUCCACCAGGCCCAGUCCCCGACAGCUACACAUCCAUGUUUACAGCCAGAGGACCAAACAGAGGCUGUGACACUGACACCCAGCUCACCUGUGAUACCUGAGGACAGGUGUCGGUCACCUGAGGCCACCUUUGAACCACCAUGCCUUGCCUUGGACUUACAGAGCCCCAAUAAGGGACAGAGUAAGAAUGGGCCCCAUCUCUCCAGUGCUUCUGUUGGACAAGGAGACCUAACAGGCCCUAAUGUUCUAACCACUGGUAGUAUCACUGCCACUGGGAUAUUUAUAAGCAAAUGUGCCAAAGAGCAAAGGACUCUGUGCCAGUCACCACAGAAUCUGACGGAUGGGAGAAAGGCGGCAAAAAAAUCACAAAUUCAUAAGGUCGAUCAGCCACAGGAGACCGUGACAAAUGGGGAAAAAACAUCUAAACCCUUACCGACUAUUAAGGUAGGACAGGAGAAUUGCCUGACACAAAAGACUGGGAAAAAAAGGAAAUUUACAAAAAAAUCACAGAGCCAUAAGGUAGGCCAGCCAAGGGACACUGACCAGUCACAGGAGGAGUCUGUAACAAAAAAGAAAAAGGGCUCUAAAAUAUCUCCAACCCAUAAGGGAGAGCAGUCACAAGAGAUGGUAACAAAGAGGAAAUAUACCAAAAAAACACAGAGCCAUAAGGGAGACAAGGAGACUGUGAGAAAUGGGAAAAAGACAACUAUGAAAUCACCAACACACCAGGUAGACCAGUCACAAGAGUUGGUAACAAAAAGGAAAAAGGUGUCUAAAAUAUCUUCAACCCACAAGGUAGACCACUCACAAGAAACUGUGAAAAAGAGGAAAUAUACAAAAAAAUCACAGAGCCAGGAGAUUGACCAGUCACAAUCCCCAGAGACUGGAAAAAAUACAUCUAUGAAAUCGCUGACGAAUAAGGUAAUCAAGGUGGCAUCGAAAAAAUCACAAAGCCAUACCGUAGAACAGUCACUAGGGAUUGACCAAUCACAAGAGACCGUGAGAAAGAGGAACUACACAAAAACAUCUCAGAAGCAUAAGGAGGACUCACAUGAGACUGUGAGAAAUGGGGAAAAGACAUCCAAAAAAUCACAGAAGCAUAAGGUAGAGUUACGAGACACGAAAAAGUCACAGGAGGUGACUGUAAAAAAUAGGAAAUAUACUAAGAAAUCAAAGAACCACAAGGUAGACUCGGGAGUCCUCUCCUUACUCCCUGUGUUAUCUGCAGACCUCUCCCUCAACCUUUCCUCUCCCACAUUCAGCUCUACUGGGCUUCCAAAGAGAAAAUAUACAAAAAAAUCACAGACCCUCAAGGUAGACUCCGAUGUCCCAUCCUCACUCAUUGUACUGUCUGCAGACCUCUCCUCCAGCCUGCAGAGUAGCCGCUCUCCUACUCGCAGCCCUUCUGGCAUCCCCUUCUCACCAAACACGCCUAAGAGAGUCCGAGGCAGACCUCAGCGGGUCCAGCAGCAGCUCUUUCUUAGCUCCACGCCAGGUCCUCACCCCAGAUCCCCCACAGGAACAGACAACCCCCUCUCUGCCUCCCUGUCUCACUUGGGACUGGGCCCACAGAACGCCUCACCCAUCACCCCCUGGAAGCUGUUGGAACUAAGCCCUCUGGAGAAGACACACUUAGCUUUACCCGGUAGUAAACCUCGGGGUAGACCCAGAGUUAGGCCAAAGAACUCGGCUACAGUGAAGGGAGUGAAAACUCAGGGUGGUAAGAAGAAGGUGAAGGCUGCAGCAGAGGGAGGGUCCCAGACCUUCAGCUCUGAGGAAGGCCCCCCAGCCAAACUCAGACGUAGAAGCAGGAAAGGCCAGACAGCAGAGGGAGCUGGCCUGCAGAGCAGUUACACUACCAGCACUGAGCCACGCUCCAGACCCAGGUUUGAGCUGCAGGAGUCAGACUCACCAGACACAGACACAGGAGAUGCCUCCCUGUCCUCAGACCUCUCCAUCGAGUUAAGCGUACAGGAAGACCGUGUAACAUCACUGACUCUUGAAGAGGAGGAAGAGCAAGACGAUGAGGAAGAUCUGCCCAGUUUCUUAAAUAACACAAAGCCACUGUCCAUAACGGAAGGAAUAUGUGUUUGGUGCAAAUUUAGAAGCUAUCCUUUCUGGCCGGCAAUGGUGAAGAGUGUGAACCGUAAGCUGAAGAAGGCCAGCAUUGUGUUUAUUGACGACCUGCUGUUUGACAAAAAGAGGAUACGAAAAGGCUUUUCUGUGUCCCUAAAAACAUUGAAGCCUUUUGACUGUGAAGAGGCUGAUCAGCUAGUGUGUAAAGCCAGAGAGAAGUAUGAUGCUGCCAUCAAAUGGUGUCUGGCGUUGAUAGCCGACUAUAGAAUCCGUAUCGGAUGCGGCUUCACCGGUUCCUUCAUUGAAUACUUUUCUGAUGACAUAAGCUGCCCAGUGAGAAGGUGCUACCCCCGGGGCACCUCAGACCUCACCUUCCCCAGUAAGCUAAUUCUGGAGGAGCAGUACGUAACCUCUGACCCGGAAGGGGACGAUCAGGAGGGCAGCAAACGGCAGGAGGAGGAGAGGAGGAGGAAGCUGCUGCCUGACCGUUCCAAGGCUGCACGUAACCGUGCCAACGAGAAACUUGUGGACUUCGUCGUCAGGCAGCGCCGGGUGGAGACACGCCUUCUAGGUGUAAUCAGUGGUCAGCAGCAGUCUAAGUGGCUGCGUUGGUUCCUGGCAGCCAGUCGGUCAGUUGUGGACACGUACCUGGAGGACGAAGAGCAGCUGGACCAGGUGUACCAGUACCUGAGAGGGGUGUAUGAGACCGCCCCCCUCACCGCACCCUGUCUGGCCGAUGUAGACCUCAUCCGCUUGGUACUGGACGUGCUGUUACCAGAGGCUAUUAUCUAUGCCAUAGCUGGAGUGGACGAGUUGUCACUGGUGAAGGCAGAAGACAAAUACCUGAAAGGGCCCUGUCUGAGUAAAAGGGAAAGAGAGGAGUUUGAUGCGAUGAUCGAGCAGCAGAUGAAGACGAAAGCAUCGAUCCGUCAGCAUCCUGCACACUGAACAUAACAUAGCCUACUUGGCUUCCAACCCUCAGACUAAACGGGCCAUAGGGUUCUGGUCAAAAGUAGUUUGAAUAGUGCCAUUUGGGAUGCAGCCUCAGAAUGCCAGUGUCCUAAUCAAAUGAUGCUUCUAAGCAUUAUAGGACAGGAAAUAAGUAAGUAGCCUUGUCCAAGCAAGAACAGCCAGUAAGGUAGAAGGCUUUUUCUGUACCGUGAAGCAGCUUGAUAUACAAGUACACCCUCUGGCCAGGACACUGGUCUAUCGCAGACAAUAAGAACCAUAUAUAACGGUCUCUAAAUGUGGCUCUGAGGACAAUCAACUGCUGUUGUACAUGCUAGCAGUGUACGUUGAGUUAUCAAGUCAUUGUCAAAUCAACUGAAAUCUGUGAUCGACUGGUCAAGAUUUACAGCUUCAACACGGAACUCCUGGGAGGGUGGGACCUCGUAUCAUUCAGAAAGACUUACGCCGCUGGUUGAAACUGGGACUUCAUUUUAGACCCACUGCAACCGUAUUUGAUCCAACAUGGUCGCCCGUUUAACUGUAAAUUCAGGACAUUAAAGACACUACUCUAUUUUUCUAUGGAAAAGUCUGCUCUUUUUUUAAAUAAAUAGUCAUAUUUGAA